AGCCACUCAAUACAAAGAGGAGGAAGAAGAAGAGCAGUUGAUGGCUACCUGAGUUAUUUUUAAACCGAUGAGCGACGGACGCGUUGCGUCUUUAUGGAUGAGAACUUAUUGAAGAACGCGUUUUAACAAACUGAUGUUCUGGAUCCGGGCGGGUUCUGUCCUCUCCUCGCUGAGUGGGUAACCGCAAAGAAAGGAAGCAAUGAACUUCCAGGGUAGUCGGAGGCGAGGAGAGGAUGGCAUUGCCAUGGUGAUCGACUUCCUGCUGUCCAAUGCUCGACUGGUUCUGGGAGUUGGUGGAGCUGCCAUGCUGGGAAUCGCUACACUGGCGGUGAAACGGCUGAUAGAGCGCGCAGGCCGCGCGGCCGAUGACGAGAAGGUGGAGCAGAAGAUGGCCGAGAGCUGGGAGGAGCUGAGCUUGGUCUCGGCUUCACCCAAGCUCAUCACGAAGGGCAUCGAGGGCGUGGUGAUGAAACACGUUGCCAAGGCAGCCAGCGAACAGCAGAAAGAUGACCUGAACCAGCAGCCUCAGAUGUCGUCUCUGGAGGAGUCCAAACCUGAGUCAAAGUCCAAGAGGCUCCAGCUGUGUGUCCUCACUCUGCAGGAGCGUCUGCAGCAGUACUACCACGCGAGGGCAGCACUCACUCCACAUGAGGUCCACAGAGCUCAGUCUCUGGCCCUGGACAUCUGCACUGAGAUCCAGGGCUUCCUGCACAGCCGUCACCCCGACAUGCCGUUGGGAGAAAUGAAUCUCGGAGGUUCUCUGCUGGACGACCUGCAGGUGGUCACUGCAGACCAUGCGUGUCUGCUGGUGCCGCUGCAGCUGGAAGCUUCUCUGUGGCGGCUCAUCCCAGGAGAGGAAACUCUGCUCACACACCCGCUGCACUGGAUGGUCCGCCGGGUUAAUCUAGAAUAUUUCCCCAGAGGACGGAGCUACUGGGACAGGUGCCUGGUGGGCGGUUACCUGUCGGCAGAAGCUGUUGUGAACAUGUUUGGUAAAGCCGUCCUGGAAACUAUCAACUGGCCGUCGAUCAGCAGCGUGAUGGACUGUCUCAUCAGACCAGUCCCGGGAGGACCAGACCUGAGGCUGGAGAUUCGGCUUCGCAAUGAGGAGGGACAAGAGACCAGUGAUCCACCCUUGGUCAUCUCCAUGUUGCCUCUGCUGAGGCAGGAGGACGUUGUUCUGACUGCCCAGCCUGAGCUCACCUCUCCCUGGGUCAACGCCUGGCACCUGUCGCUCUACCCGUGGGAAACUCAGCGUCUGGCACAACUUGACGCCGCUGACGACGGACGCCGCAGACACACGCUUAAAAUCCUGAAGGCGGUGUGCAGACUGAACCCCGCCCUGCGACCGCUCAAAGCUGCCCCGCUGGCCAACCUCAUCCUGCACCUCAGUGACAGUGAAAGCGACUGGACGGAGAACAGCCUGGAUGUUAGAUUCCAGCAGUGCAUCACAGAGCUGAUCGGCUACCUCGAGCAAGGGGCGUUACACAGCUACUUCAAACCAGCUGUCAAUCUGCUGGGCGGCUUGUCAGAGGACCAGGUGGACCAGAUGGGCUUCAUGCUCUACUGCGCCGUGUCAGAGCCUGAAAUACUGCUCAUAUGACUCGUCACUGCACACACAACACUUCACCUCUCAAGCUCUGACACGCAGAGGUCAACAGUUCAUCUUUCAUCGUCCUUGACGUUCGGUUCAAGGCAAAGACAUUUUAUUCGCGCUUGCGAUCUCCGCUCGUUUUAGCUUCUCCAUCUGAUGUUAAUGGAAGGUAAGAGGGAACAGUUGCAAUAAGGAAAUGGCAGGUACCAUGGACUGACCCAGAACGAGAAGCAAGGUGUGAAAGUGAUAAAGGAAACGAGACUCUGCAAGGGAAGGAGCUGUGGAAGUGUUUAUCAAAUGUUACUGGAAUGGAUCUCAGUAAACCGAUACCUCCGCCGAGGCCUUAACGGUCACUUUAGAUUGAAUCCAGCCGCACACAUUCAUUCAUUGUUUUCUUUAAAGGUUCAUUGUGUAGGAUUCAGGUGAAAGGGAUCUAUUGGCUGAAACUGAAUAUGAAAUAAUCCCGGUGAUGUUUUCACAAGUGUGUUUCAAUUUAACUUGUAUUAAUUGUUUUCUUCACCCCUAGAAUGAGCCUUUAUAUUAAAAUACUUUAUACUUACAUUUACACCUCGCUACAUGACUUCACCACUGGAUGUCACUAAAUUCCACACACUGAGCCUUUAAGGUUUUUCCGUUCAGCAUUAAACAAGUUGUCUGGACCCAUGCCAACAUUUCCUGGGUCCUUUCUUUGGACUUGUCCGAUCCUUCCAAGUUUCACGGAAAUUAUUCUGUAGUUUUUUUUUAUUUUUUAAUUUAUUAAUCUUCCUGACAAACCAACAAACCAAUGCCUGGCGGAGGUAAUGAUGCUUUGAGGGAGUAAGAGAUGGUCAACAUGGCCACAUACAGCUCAGUAUAUCCAUUAACAGCAGCGGAGGAGGACAGAUUCUCGCUUAACUCCUCCUUUCAUUCAUAGCGCUCGCUCUGCUUCCUUUUGCCUAAAUCUCCUUUAAUAUAUUAUAACUAUGCAGAGAAAUAAUGAACUGCUGAAUUCCACCAGGUGUCGCUGCACUUACUUAACCAUUCAGAGUUGGGCUUCUUUAACUGAACGUGUAUAUUUUCAUACUUGAGGUUGAAGUGUGCAGCAUUUUUGGUUCGUUUAAUGUCCAGUCUGCCAAUAACAUUUGGGUGAACUAACCCUUUAACUUAUGAUUAAAGUCGCCUUAUGAUUUUAUGCCGUUGCUUUUAAAUACAGAAUGAAUGUGGGGGGCGUUUGUGAUUUCUUCUUUGUGGGUGUAAGAGAGAUUUUCUGUGAUUGAAACUGAAAAUAAACACAAAACCAUUUGUUUAGAUUCUCA